AUGGCUCAUGGUCAGCCAACUGUCGGACCUUCUCAACCCCCAAGCCUUCUCAACCCCCAAGCCACAUCUUCUACACACGAGAAAAACUCGGUCCUCCAGGUCUCAAGCAGGUUGCACACCCCCAACCCCAUCCAGCAGCAACCUUUGAUGCGGUAUCCCUUGUACCAGGAUCAACAACGACAAACACCAUACUCAGGCGGUAUCUUGCUGGACGCUGAGCUACGAGGGCGUAAACGCAUCACCUCGCACUCCAAACCCGCACUCCAAACCCGCACUCUACAACAUACACCAAAUCCCACAGUUUCUGCGUAG